AUGAAGUCAAAGUACGAGGCCCUGUUCGACAACGAGGCGAGUAGCUCGCGCCAGUUCACCAAUCAGAUUAAUGGGGAGUCUCACCGGAAUGAAGAGAACACAGUGUCUCCGAACAAUAGCCUGAACAACAUAUAUGGAAAAAUAGUUAAAAUAAGGAAAGAGCUAGAAAAAUCAUACAAUUUAUUUUAUUCAUACAAUUUAAUUGUGUCCACCGAAGGGGAAGGCAACAUAAACCCAGGAAGAAAUUACGCAGAUGUGUAUCAACGAAAUGACGCUUUGAAGAUAAACGCAAAUGCGAAAAAUAAUUUAACUCUAAACAAAAUAAACGCGCUCACAAAUUCCUUUUUUAUGAAUGUUGAAACGUUGAGAAAUACAUACUCUUUUCUUGGCACAAAUAAUAUGAACGGUCAGGCAAUAAUGAGGGGUGAUGAAAACGUUAUAUGGGAGAGAAGGAUUGAAACGUUAACGAAUGAAGCCAACUCGUACAUCAAAACACUUGACGGAAUUUACAAAACGAAUUUGAGCAAUACGGAAAGGAACGCCCGUAAUGCAUAUAACGAGCGGGAUGGUUUAAUGGGCAACAGUUUGCACAGAGACGGGAAGAAGGCGAAAAAGAAAAUGGCUGCUGACACGGCUAUCGGUUAUCUACACAAUGAGAGGGAAAUACUUAAGGAGGUGGAAAACAAUCUGAAGGUCUUUCACAUCCAGGGAAUGAGUACAUUAGAAUUAAUUAGGAAACAGAACAAAUUUUUGAAAAAUGUUCGUAAGAAAGUAAUUGAUAUUUACAACUACGUUGGCUUGUCGUCUUCCCUCACCGACACCAUCAAGAAGACGCACAAGCAGAAUUUGAUCAUCGUCAUCGUGGGUAUGGUUCUGUCCCUGCUCUUUUUUUACGUACUCUACAAAUAUGUCCGGGGCUGA